AUGGCCAUUGCGCAAAGGUUCUUCAUCGGUAUGUGCAACGAGGCCAGCACGCACUCGACGUUGACUGCAAUUGUUCUCUUGGGGUCUCUAUUGGGGAUUGUGUCAUCAUAUCCGAUUCCAAGCAGGACUAAUGCAACUUUAUUGGAGCAAAGGUGGGAGACCCUCUUUUCCCGCUCCGUUCUGGGAAUCUCUGGGGCGAAAUCGGACAUGAAUUGGGAGACUGACUAUUUGAUGGGCAUCAAGAGAGUGCGGCGACUUUACUGCAACGUGGGCAUUGGAUUUCACCUGCAGAUCCUCCCAGACGGCAGGAUAAACGGUGUACAUAAUGAGAACCAGUACAGUCUAAUAGAGAUCUCUACGGUGGAGAGAGGAGUGAUAAGUAUGUAUGGAGUGAGAAGUGAGCUGUUUGUCGCAAUGAACAGCAGAGGAAGGUUGUAUGGAACGAAAUUCUUCCGGGAUGAGUGCAAGUUCAAGGAGACCUUGCUGCCAAACAACUACAAUGCCUAUGAGUCUUCGGUUUACAAGGGCUCCUACAUCGCCCUCAGCAAACAUGGCCGCGCAAAGAGAGGCAACAAGGCCACCACCGCCAUGACUGUCACACACUUCCUCCCCCGAUUAGUAUGA